AACCGCUGUAUCUCUCCUCAAGAAGUCAGAAACGUUGACAGUCGAGGGCGAGAGAACAAGAGAGAGAGACGGAGAGGCACGAUGGCUGAAUUCAGACCGAUUCAAAUAACUUUAUUUGUGAUUCUGCUGCGUCAGUUUACAGUAGUAGCUGGACAAAACCUCCUCUACAUCACUGUCAGAGCUGGAGAUGAAGUCACUCUGCCUUGUGAAAAUGGGAUAAUUCAGGACAACUGUGACAAAACUACUUGGCUUUCUAGUCGUAAAGGGGAAGCAGCAGCAGUAGAGCUGAUAACGCUUGGACAGAUUAAAGAUGAGAUUCCCAAAGCUAAAUCAGACAGACUGAGUGUUAAAGAGAAAUGUUCUCUGGUUAUAAAGAAUGUCACAGAGGAGAAUGUUGGUCGUUACACCUGCAGACAGUUCAACAGAUCAGGACAACAACAAGGUCCAGAUGCUGUGGUUCAUCUGUCUGUUGUUACCAUGGUAGAACAGAAGAACACUGAUGAUACAGUCACCUUGAUCUGCUCUGUGUUGACUGAUGAGUGUGAUCACUCAGUGAAGUGGCUGUAUGAGGGGAAUGAGAAUGUCGUGGAGAUAACACCUCAUACCUGUUCAGCCAGUGUGACAUUUCCUCCUCAUCUUCAUCAGGAGUUACUGAAGUGUAACGUGACAGAUAAGAAGAAUGGAAACACACUGCAAUUUGAUGUAACCCUCCAGUCCUCACAUGAGAAAACAGAUUGGUGGGUGUACAUCAUUGUUCCUGUGGGAGUAACAGCACUCUUAGCAGCAAUCAUCAUUGUGGUAGUCAUCAGACGGAAGAAAACUAAAAGUAACAAAACGCAGACGAAUGAAAACAUUGGACUGAGAUUGAACCCUGCAGAGACUCAGUCUGCUCCAGAAACCAGUCAGGACAUGGCUGAUCCUGAAGGUGGUGUUUUCUACGCCUCCGUCAGCCACACCAAGAAGAGCAGCAGUAGAGCUCAGGCUCGGGGUAAAGAUGCUGAUGCUGAUGAUGAUGCAGUGACCUACAGCACAGUGAAAGCUCCUCCUCCUCCUGCUGCAGCCUCUGCUGAUGUCAGCGACCUCUACGCCACCAUCAACAAACCAAACCAAUAAGACAGCACAGUGUAGUUACAGCUCAUAGCAUUACAGGUAUUUACAUUGAUAGUUUAUUAAAAGACCGAGGACCCUGUCUUGCACCCCGGGCUAGCGCAGCGCAAAUCUCGAUGCACUUGUCUUUGCUAGUUUAAGACCAACGCAGUUGUCAAUUUCCCAUCCAGCGCCCGCGUC